AUCAUUAUCGAUCAGUUUGAGGACGUGCUAGUUGGACGAUAAAGAGCGGGCUUAGAGCCGGAGAUUAUGGUCGAACCAGAAGUUGAUAUGACAAUGGACCGACAUGUACUUGACACUCCAGCCAGGGGCCUCAGACCUAUACACCUGUAUGCCUGGUAGACAUAGGUGCUUCCCAAACAAACUCUUUAAACUGAUGUAUGCGUAAUUUACUUCCGAUCACGGAUUUCUGAAACCAAACCUCAAUUCGACACCAGUGGGAUUGUGAUUGAGAAAAAAUAUUUCUCAGGUUGGCCUGAAACUCUACACCGUUCUGUAACGUGGUAUUGACAGAGGAAUUACGGUGUUCGAUUUAAUGAAACAAACCUGUCUCAUCUGCAGCUGUAAGACAGUAUUGACAGAAACAAUACAGGACGCAAACGAUUACUGAGUAAGCACAGGUGUCCAUCACUCGUCUGUACUUUAUUACCAUUGGACAGUACAAAUCGAGCAGGAUUGUUUUAGACGUGCUGUUUAAAAGGCACUACGAGUUUGGAUGUGAUUUGUGCCGGAAAUACAAAAACGUUUUGAUUUCUCACAUUUCGGAUGAGCGUUGUGGAGUUUUAAUGGCGAGACGUGACGUGUUUCUUCGAUCACAAAUAUUAUCAUCUAAGAUGAUUGCGACAUUGUGCGUAAUGCUUAUCUUCUCAGAUCUGAUUGGGCCAGCACAAGGAAAAUUCUCACAAGAAUGUGCCACACAGCUCGACAACUGUCCGCAAGGACACGAGAUGGCGCCGUGCCCGGCGGAGGCGGGAUCAUUUAAAUGUAAACAGUGCUCGGACGCCACCUUCCAACCCGACAGAAAUGUAUGGGGUGACAAGUGUCGUCUCAGAAAGGUGUGUAAUUCCCGCCCAAACAUGACCUACAAGGAUUACGGCAGUACCAUCAGGGACGCUGACUGCAAGUGUAGUCCUGGCUUUCACUUCGAAAAUAUAGACCAACGCGCAUGCGUACCAAAUAAAGUCUGCGAUAAAGGAUAUGGACAGGGCGAUUAUGGGAAAUGUGAAAAAUGCAUCGACAUUAAUAUGUACUCUGACAAGAAGGAUAAAAUCCAGAGAUGUCAGCCCCUAACAAAUUGUGAGAAGGACAGUCGAUGUACUAAAACAAAGAGCAAUGGGACAUUUGACAACAUAUGUGGGAUCAAUAGAGUAAAAGAUGUUUCAAAAUGUGAGAAUGCGACUGCUGAUAAUCAAGUGGGAAAUGGUCAGGGCAUCCUUAGUACUGGAGCUAUCAUUGGCGUCGCCGUCGGAUCGGUCGUUCUCAUCCUGUUCAUCAUACUCAUCUUCAUCUGUCUCCGACGCCGACGGCAAUCCAGAAAUGUUGAGGACCCGCUUACUGAGGACCAAUUCAAAAAAUUAAUGGAGCGAAUCAUUGAGAAAUCAGACGAGGAGGAAGCUUACUGUAAAAAAGUGCUAAGUGCGUCGUUCCGCGAGAUAGAGGAUAGGAUAGACAGACAGAAGUGGUCUCUCGCCCAGGAACUCUUCAGGAAUCACUACCAACCCGCCAUGUACGAAGUCAUUGUUGAUAAGUACAAAGACAAAGAGUGCAAGUUUGCCGUGAAUGGCUACCUUCAGGACUGGCGGGAAUAUAUGGGAGAGAAUGCCCAGUCCGUACAAUUCCUGUUUAGAUGUCUAAAACAAUGCAGACGGGAGGACAUUGUGUACGAGAUCUGUAACAAGUUCAGAGAAGGCUAUCCGGAAGUGGUAAUUGACGCAGAAGCACAACUGGAGAACGGUGUGGUGAAGAAACGCAAGCCAAAGUCCAGUUACAGCAAUGGAAUCUUUUCCUCUCUAUUCCCGUGUUCGAGCUGUGGUAAGCAUAACGACCACAGGAGCGUUAACAAGCAAGAGAACAAUGAAACAAAAGACAAACUGUUAAACCUUGAAUCAUCUCCAUCUAAAGAGGAGAGUAUGUGUGGAAAAGACGUCGACCUUCAGCCGCACGAGGCCGGUGCUAUUUAUAGAGAUCGACCGAGUCCUAGUGCGCCGGUCAUAGACGAGGCAGGUCACGUGCACGUGGCGGUUCCAUUCAAUCGUGCAAUGUCGUUCCCAAUACAGGCCAGCUCGUGAUCACGUGAUAAAUGGGUCACUUGCAUCAGAUCAUGCCGCAUGGUAAAACAAGAAAGGCGAUCAUUGCUAUUGUGUUCAAGUUUCAUUCAUUUUACAUAUAGGAUCAAAGAUCCACGUAGAAAUCAUGAAUACGGUAUGGAGAUUGUGUACUGAGACUUCCCCCAGCAUACGCAAGUGUAUGUGAUGGCGGUCGUUUGUGUGUACAUGUAUGUUUGAAAAUCUAAAACUGCCACGGUAUUAAUCAUGUGCUGACAAAAAUACCGCAAGGUUCUGUACAAAACGAAAUGGAAUGGAAAUGAUACAAAGAACUUGAAUCCAUGAUGUUGGUCGGGGAAAAGUAUAAACUGAUAACAAGAAAGGUAACAUUUUGCCGAGUUUUUUUGAAUUAGUUAAAUUGAUACCUUACAGGAUCAAAUGUUGAUAUGGACUCGCUAAAAUGUCCAGCCACAACAAAGUAACUCUAUUUCGGAACAAAUGAAAAAAACAAUGGUCAAGGACUAGUUCUGCAACAUAAUGCUAUAUUUGUCUGUUGUGGAUAUACAGUUCUAUAAAAAAAGUGUGUUUUGUAUUCUUUUAGUUGAACUUCUGAAAAGAAUAUCUUUAUUGUUACAUUCGCGUAAAUAUUAACAUGUAUGAACAGUUUGUAGGCAUGAAGCAUGCCUAUAUCGACAGCCCCAUUCAUCUAUGAUGAAAUAUACGUCAUCAGUGAUAGGACCUGUCAUCAGCAACGUCAUCAAUGAUGGAAUUCGCGUCACCAAUGAUGAAAAGUGUCAUGUCUCCUCUUCAUCAGUGAUAAAAAGAUGAUGUGAUUUAGCAACUGAGAGUGUACGAAUGUGUUUCAGCGAAUAUAGAAAUUGUAUGGACAUAUGUGAACUUUUUUUAGACUUUUGUUUAAUAUAUUGUUAGCUUCUGGGAUCAAGUAAUCAAUCAUAUUGUGUGAAAUGAGUAUUUUUCAUCAACGUUGAUGUCGUCAUCAUUAUUAUUACUGAAAAUGUGCUGAAAUAAGCAGUGCUGUGUAAUGAUUAUAUUUGUUUAUGGAUUAUCAAUUCACUAUCAUCUGAAGAAUGACACAUGUCCUUCGAUAUCAACAUAUGCUCAAUUCGGAUGUGGAGUUAGAGGGACUGACGAGCAACGUGAACGAUCGUUAUAACGAUACGAAUCAUUACAUUUUUCAUUUCAUUUUGUUACAUGAGGAAUUUGCAAUAUCGAACAAGGAAUUAAAAAGGACAUAUUUGUUGUUGCAGUAAUGGUUGAUGUACAUGAAUGUCUCGUCGCGUCAUCUUUCAUAAUACCAGCUAAAAUCACGAAUUCAUUUAAUUGGAGACCUGGAGAAAAUCUCCGGCGUAAUUUUAAUUGAUGUUUUAUUUCAGUUUUUCGGACACUUCAGAACUUGAUAACAUGAGUGAUUUUAAAAGUUUCAUGUCAAUAUCUCUAGACAUAAAGUUUCGAUGAGACGUAAUGAUAGAAUAGCAGUGAUGCUUUAGUGCAUAUCACGUGAUGCUUUAGUGCAUAGAGUUCAACCAUAUUUUGUAUGCAACUGUCAUAAGAAUGUGUAUUUUCACUGAUUCUAAUAAACAAAUCAGGGGGCACAUACUCGUGUUAAUCGAAUGAAACAGUGGAUAGUUCGCAUAUUCUUAUCAAAGAAAAUAUUCGAGUAAGGCGAAAAACAAGUCAAUAUUCCCGAGGAUGUUUCAAUCGUCCUGAAGCUGAACAGACAAUAAUGGCGACGAUUACACUUGGUCACGGUUGUUAAAACUCUUGAAUCAAUGCUGAAUAUCUGACAGGUAACUAAACACGUGUGGGGUGGUAAUGUUCAGCUUAAUGCAUUAGAAUUGUACCCUAUCUUCCAUCUCCCACAAAUAACCAGUAACAUGAACGCAACUCUAUGGAGAUAUCAUGUCUGUUGUGCAUUUCGUUCCUAACUAGCAUUUACUGUCCGUUAUCUACCCUAAUUAGAAAUGAUAACCCAGUAAUAAUUUAAACCCUGACAAGACCAAUCCCUAUCUUCUCGUGCGAGUGGCAAUUCCAGGAUGUUACCAUGGAAACCCAGUGUAAUAACAUGUCAUUGGAAUAUGCGUCGUGUCGCAUUUGCCGAUUCCUCGUGGUUUUUAUAUCGCGUGAGAUAAAACUGUUUCCUGAAGGACGUUAUCUUGCAUUACUUACCUGAAAUAUAAUUAUUUGUAAAUGUGGUGUGGAUAGAGAUAUGCUUCACCGCGAUUAAAGCUUAUCUGUAUUGUAAUUUUGUUUGUCAGGUGCUUUAGUGGAAAUUAGGGGAAUUGAUUUUAAGUGAAUCCUGUGUUUCAUAAUAAAUUUUUUUUUCCCCGAUUUUUUUUUUUUUUUUUUUUUCAAUAAAAUCGAAGUCGUGCCAUACUCGGCAUUUGUCCAUGGCGUUUACAUCUGAAUUGUUAGAAAUACAUCACUAAUGUAUACAUUUGUUCAGAAAUCACUUAUUACAAAAAUGCAUUUUGAGAUUGAGAUAAAACUACUCGACAAUUCUAUAAAAUUUAUAUUAAUAUAUUUCAAAUUAUAUAGAAUUCCAACAAUUCGUAUUGUAAGUUAACAUGUAGUAUGAUGAAAUAUAUUUGCAAUCAGUGACAAUAGAUAAUUUGUCAGAUAUACAAAUUGAUCUUUUUAUAUUGCAAUAUAUCUGUUUGCUAAAUACUGCUAUUAUUAUGUUUAAUUCAAAUAUCUAAAACUAAUCUAGAAAGUAUGUGCUUUGUUUAUUUCAUAUAUAUAUAUGUAUUAUGCGUUAGUUUUUUAUAUUUAGUCUCACAUUCCAUCAUAAGACUUUCUUUUUUCUUUAUAUAUAUACUCAGUCACUUAUGAAUUUCAUAUCUUAUAACAGAAAUUUCAUUUCACUGUUUGCAUGUUAUGAAUAUCUUGCCUCGUAACAAUAGCAUUGUUCCCUUGCUUGCCAAUCACCGAGUAUACGAUUAGGCCAAACCUGCUCAUUUUCCGUGUGAAUAUCAGAUCAUAUGUGAGGCAAACAUCAAUACGUUCAUACGAAAAAUCUCGUUCAUUGAAAACGUUUAAAUCCAUACGUUCUCACCAACACUGCACCUAAAAUCAUCCCGCGCUAUUUCCGUGAACAGUGAAAUACAUAGAUAUCAUCAAAAUAAGAUUAUUUAUUGUAUAUGUCUACACGUAUUUUCCUGCUGAUAUUAGCGUUGCAAUAUAUUUCCUCUUUAGUCCCAAAGUGAAAAUAUCAAUAUGGCGAUAUUUUAAUCUUACCUAUCCCAUCCCAUACCAGGUGUUGUACGUUGAGAUUUAGACCUAUUCUUUUUACGUUAAAUCAAUUCUACACAGUUCAAAUAAAAUCUCAGAUCUUUUGUUUUAAAAAGAUAUCCCUCACAGAUGAUGUGAUUUCUGCUUAUCAAUCAAAUAGCUAUCAUCGUAACUAACUGUACUUUGUUCAAUACAAUGAUCAGAUUGCUUUUUAUGAUAUCUUGUAUUUUUUUGCGUACGACGUCAUCAUAUGGUGCGUACUUGUGAUAAUGUGACUAAUGAAAUGCUUACUGUCUAUUAUACAAAACUGGAACUACUUGUUUUCCUUAUAUGUACCGUGUACUAUAUUACUUGCAUUUUGUCCCAUUGUUGGGGGAAAGCGAUGUUGGUUUAUGAAUUAGCCAAAUAAAACAUAUUUUUGAUUAAA